UCAUAUUUUUUGUGUUGAGAAUUGCCCAAUUGCCGUGGCUUGGGUCCAAAGAAGAGUUAAUGAGAAGCUGGGCGAGUUGAAAGGUUGAAACUUUGAAAGACUCAAUCUUGAUACUGAGUCGCCAUGAAAAUGUUGCUUAAGCCGAUUGUUACUAGUACUACAAAUGGAGUCUUCCAAUUCCCUUUUUAUUCAAUCCCAUCACCACAUAUCAGAAAAAGGAGCAAUUCUAUCAUAGCACAGGCCACUCCUUCCAGAACCGAGAGGAUAAUGAAAAGCAUAGCUGUGAGUGGAGAGGUGGGCGGAGCUGGUGGCGCAUACUCUUAUAAUGCUUUGAAAAGAUUGGAUCAGCUUUGGUCUGACAUUUGCUCUGCUUCACAAGCAGUCACACAGGUACCAAGGCAAGUAGUUUCAACAGUGUCUGGGUCCUAUAAGGAUUCUGAACUUGGUGGAAAAUCUCUGGAGAUGUUUGAUGUGGUGGUUUGUGGAGGUACUUUGGGGAUCUUUAUUGCCACUGCAUUGAGUUCCAAAGGUCUUCAGGUUGGAAUUGUGGAAAGGAAUGUUUUGAAGGGGAGAGAUCAGGAAUGGAAUAUAUCAAGGAAAGAGCUACUGGAACUGGUAGAAGCUGGUAUCUUAACAGAAGAUGACAUAGAAAGGGCUGUUGCUGCCAGUUACAAUCCUAACAGAUGUGGUUUUGAAGGAAGGGGUGACAUUUGGGUCAAUGACAUUCUCAACCUUGGUAUUUCGCCCUCAAAGCUCGUACAGAUUAUGAAAGAGCGCUUUGAUUCCCUUGGAGGUGUCACUUUUGAGGGUUGCAGUGUGUCUACAAUAAAUGUUUAUGAGGAUGGAGUGGUUUUGCAUUUAGAUGAGGGGAAGGUUUUGUCAUCACGGCUCAUUAUUGAUGCAAUGGGGAACUUUUCUCCUAUUGUAAAACAGAUUAGACGUGGAAGGAGACCAGACGGUGUUUGCCUGGUGGUUGGUACGUGCUGUCGUGGAUUCAAAGAUAACUCUACAAGUGAUGUUAUAUUCAGCAGUGCUUCUGUCAAGGAAGCUGGAGAAUCAAAAGUGCAUUACUUUUGGGAGGCAUUUCCUGCUGGCUCAGGUUCCAUGGACCGAACUACUUACAUGUUCACUUAUGUUGACCCUCAACCUGGAUGUCCGAAACUGGAAGAGUUACUUGAGGACUACUGGGACUUGAUGCCGAGCUAUCAGGGGGUGUCUCUUGACAGUCUGGAGAUCUUAAGAGUUAUAUUUGGCAUAUUCCCAACAUAUCGUGAUAGCCCUCUGCAAGCAGCGUUUGAUCGUGUUCUACAGUUUGGAGAUGCAAGUGGCAUACAGUCACCUGUUUCUUUUGGUGGUUUUGGGAGUUUGACUCGACACCUUGGUAGAUUAACUAACGGCAUAAUUGAAGCACUUGAUGAAGAUUUUCUGGAUUCUCAGAGCUUGUCGCUGUUGAAUCCUUACAUGCCCAACUUAAGUGCAUCAUGGCUAUUUCAAAGGGCAAUGUCGGCAAAAAAGCACUCUGAUGUCCCACCGGAUUUCAUUAAUGAUCUCCUCUUUUCCAAUUUCCGAAGCAUGCAGCGACUCGGGGAUCCUGUGUUGAGACCAUUCCUUCAGGAUGUUAUACAGUUCGGGCCACUAGUCAAGACACUAGGCCUAGUAAUGUUAACUAAACCUCAAAUUCUUCCAUCGAUAUUCAAGCAGGUUGGAAUUCCAGUGCUUCUUGACUGGUCCGGGCAUUUUUUCAUGCUGGGAUAUUACACGUUUCUGUCUACGUACCUCGACCCUGCAAUUAGGCCAUUGAUAGACACCUUCCCGGCCAAGAUGAGAUACGAGUGGAAGCGGAGGCUUGAGGCCUGGAAAUAUGGAGCUGGUUUGGAUUACAAACUGGAGUGUUCAACGACACAGGAGCAAACAGGUACGAGGAAAGAUUCAUCUGACACUUGGAGUUCAAAUACUGUUUGAUGAAUAUAUACAAUAUACUUUUGGUUCCAUUAUACAUCGACAAUGUAUCAAGUAUACAUAUAAAUGCAAUGUUGUUGUAACUAACAUUCAAUAUAAUAUACAAAAGUUAUGAACAGUCGCUUUUAUGGAGUUGUAACUAUGUUCACGAUAUAAAUACAGAUUUUGGUCACGUCA